UCGUCAAUGUCCCCUACAAACCUCGCGUGUCAUACAUACGAAACCCGUUAGAUGAAAAGGAGAAACCCCGUUUACAAGUAACUCUUAUCUCCCCAAUCUGCUCUCUCAGACCCAAUCCCUUCUACCUCUCACUCUCUCUCUCUCUCUGUUAAGUUCUCUCGUUCAUGAAAUUAGACUGCAACUACGAGAGAGUAACAGAGAGAGCAAUGGAACAGAGCACAAGCACUUGCGACGACUUCUUCUGUUUCGACGAAGACGAGAGAGGAGUCGCCGCAAUUUUGUUGGAACUUCCUGAACUGAUCGCAAAAUCAAACUCUGAUUUUCGGUCUGAAAAUUCUGUUUCUUGGGCAGUCAAAAAGAGGAGAUCUUCAAUUCAAGACAGCUCGUCUCGAUUUCAUGAGCCUUCAUUACCGUCGCCGGCGCCGCCACCACAACCACAGAGAACUUUGGUUGAUGAUGUGAAUUCUGUGCCUCUGGUGGUUGAGCCCGAAGAACCCAAUGUCAAGGUGGUCCAGGCGACAAGCCCUGCGACGCCUCUCUCGUUCCCGCCCAGUGAAUCCGACGAGAAGCCUGAGGACUCCAAGAGAAGACGCUCUCACAAUAAGAAAUUACAGAAGAAAUUGAUCAUGGAAGAUACGAUAGACCAGAUAACCAAGAACAAUGAAGUGCUUCAAAGGGAGAUAGAGAAAGUAAAGCUCCAUUAUCAAAAUCUGCAGACUGAAAAUACGCUGUUGAAAGCAAGGAAACAAGAGGUUAUUGGUCUUCAAACAGUGGAGCCCAGCUUGAAUCUAACUUUGGCAUUACCUCAAGCCACUGUGAAAUCCCCCGCCGUUGAUACUGUUCCGAUCAUGUUUCCUUCGCAACCAUUGAUUGUCGAUCGGACGGUACCAGCACCAGCACCAGCACCAGCACCAGCACCAGCACCAAUCGUGUAUAAUGGGGUUCCUGAUCUGAAUGAGUUUGUCCCAGAGGCAAAGACUACGAUGGUGGGUUCGUUGCAGGCCCAAUUAUUCUUUCUGGGCUUGGACUCUACCGAUAAAGCCAAGACUGCUGCUGAAUCAAGGAAAAGAAGGAUGGAAAUUUGCAGAGCUAAACUACGUCCUCCACGUAGCUAAUUUUUUUUUCUUCCCAAUUUAAAUUUUGAAAUAAUGAUCAUGAUUAUGAGUUUUUUGAGUAUAUUUUUCCAAGGGUUUGCAUAAUUGUAUAUCAAAGAAGCCCUAAAUGAUAUAUCUUUUGUUACUUUAUUGUUAGUCAAAGAUUUCAUUUG